CUCUAUCUACAUUUAAAUCAAAUAGUAAAUAAAGUAAUACAGAGUACAGACCUUGGUUUGAGCGGUAUUUAACAAUUUUUUUAAGUAACAAGAACAACGCUUGUCCCUAGUCUAACGUUGUGUUAUAUUUUUAAUUAUUUUCUCUACUUCGUAACUCAUGAUUUUUACUGUAAUUUCAAUCACGUAAUAAUUCACAAUUGGUUGAAAUGGACAAUGAUUUUUAUUCGUCCUUGUAUACAUGGUUUGAUAAAUGUGGUAUAAUAUCGGACGUCCGAACCCACCUGCGACAUAGUUUAUUUCAAGUUUUAAAGACCAAAGACAUGACCUUCGAUAAAACCAAAGUCUUUUCCCCUUCAGCUAAUCAAUAUUUUUAUGAUCUAUUGAUUGCCGAUUAUUUGUGGAAUCAUGAUUAUGACUAUACACUCUCUGUGUUUGCAAGUGAGGUUCCAAUACUUGUUAAUCAUAAUCAUAAGCCCAUCAUUUCUUAUAAGAAGAAUACUCAAAAAACUUCUGCAAAAAGAAAAUUACAAAGUGACUAUAUUUGUUACACACUAGAAGCAUUGGGAAUACAACCAAAUGAAACUGUUGGUAAAUCAAUCAUUACUGAUUAUGCGAACAAUGACGUUUCAUUACUCCUAUCAAUUCUCAAGUAUCAUUCGCAAUCCAAUCAACCCGAUACUGCAGUCGUCUCAAAAAAAGUACCAUGUGAUUGCGAAAAAAAAAAUAGCACGUCAAUUGACUUAUCGAAAAAAAAUGUUAUGGUUGAUGAAAUGAUGGAAAAACUUCUUAUACAAAAAAACGUAUUCGAUAAGCAAUUAACAAAGAAGAAAAGUCAGUUAAAGAAUUAUUCUUGUACCGUUGGUCAGCAAAUGGUGGCUAUUAAUGAUAAAUUGUCUAAAAUGCAAAUUUUAAUAGAUGAAGUGAAUUUAAAAAAAAAGAAAUUUUAUCAAGAUAAACAAAAAGAAGAACAGAGAAUUCAUGUCAAACAACUCGAAUUAUCUAUGAAAGAGAGUACACUGUAUCAAGAAGCGAAAAAAUUAGAGAUCAAGUGGAAUAAUUAUACGAAACUUGAAACAAAUUUGAAAGAACUGAAAGAUGAACUAAAAAGAGUAAAGAAAAAAGAUCAACUAGAAAAUUCUUCACACAUAAAAACAAUAGAAACUUCCAUUCAAACUGAUGAAUGCUUUUUUAAUAAUGAAAACAUAAAUUAUUCAAGUUACAAAGAGACACUAGAGUUACAAAUGCUUAUAAAAGAACAACAAUUGCGUAUUGAAAAAUUGACUUUAAAAGCAGUAAGCUUGUCUGAAAAAAUUGAAACCCAUUUCUCACAAAACACGGCAAAUGUAAUAUUUAGUCCAAUAACACAUACAGAAUGUUUAUCUAAAAAUAUAUACGAAAACAGCUCGACUGAUGACAUUAUUCAGGAUGCAAAAAAAAGACUUAAACGACUCAAGGAAGAAACUUUUAAAGCCGAUCAAGGUUAUUUUAAUUCUAUCGUUUCUUUACCAUUAUUAUAAAGAAUGUGUAUAUACCUGCUCACAUAAAAACACUGCAUUUAUUUAGAGAUCAAUUUUUCAGUGUUGUCAGUGUUUGUUGAAUUUUUAGAUAUUUGGAAAAAAAAGGCACUAAUAUCAUAAUUUGUACUAAAAAAAAAACAAAAAGUUACGAGCAUCUUGCGAUGUUAACAGUAUUAUAGCUAUCUCGUAUUUGAAUAGUCAUACUAUACUAAAUAAUUAAAAAACAUUAUCUUCUAAAAAUA